ACUCAUGUGAUCAAUAAUGACAGAAUAAAAACAGUUAUUUGGCGGAAAAGAAAGUUUCUCUUAUUCCAGUGAUUCUCGAACGCUUUGCGAAUCGGUUCGACUGAAUCAUUCACAACAAUCGGCUCAACGACUCGUGCGCUCGCUCAGCAUCAUCACCACUCGCACAGAGAGGACUGCUGCUUCAUCGCAUUUCUCUUCACACACUCACACCAGUUUCCGAUCUUAUCGAUCUCAUUAAGUGAGAAGUCUGCAUAUAUUCUCUUAAACAUUCGUUUAAAGAUGUUGGCGUGCACCGAAAUGAUAACGAUGUGUCUCCAGUCGGCGAAGCGCGAGCAUCUCCGCUCCAGACAGCAGCAGCAUCAGCACCAGAUCCAGGAUGCGGUUCACGGACUGUCCAUCUUUCACGACAUUUUCCGCAGAGCUGACAAAAAUGAUGAUGGUAAGCUGUCUUUUGAGGAGUUUAAAGCUUAUUUUGCUGAUGGGAUACUCACAACAGACGAGCUUCGGGAGCUGUUCUACUCUAUCGAUGGACGACAGACAAAUAACCUUGAUACAGACAAACUAUCAGAUUACUUUUCUCAGCAUCUUGGAGAAUAUCUGGAUGUUCUCUCUGCUUUAGAGAAACUCAAUGUUGCCGUGCUAAAGGCCAUGGACAAGACGAAGGAGGAGUACCAGGGUUCGUCAGUUCUCGGGCAGUUUGUGACACGUUUCAUGUUGAGGGAAUCAUCUAGUCAGCUGCUGUCACUCCAGAUGUCUCUACAGUGUGCGAUGGAGGCCGUGGAGGCUCAGAGCAGCACAACUCUAGUUGAGGAUGUGAAGGUCUCGGAGCAUCUGGCCGUACAGAAGAACAACAGAAGAUGUGGCCGUCGAGUGCAAAAGAACAUGUGUCUUUCACCCACUGAUCCAUACUCGGGCAUUCUCACUACUGGCGUUACCGUAGAUACAGAUGAACACUGGUGCUCUCAGAUCAACAGACUGCAGCAACUCAUUGACAAACUGGAGUGUCAGAGUCCAAAGUUGGAGCCUCUGAAAGAAGAUACUCUGUCCAGCACAUAUAAAUCAAACAUUCUUCUGGUUCAGAGACAGAUGAUGGUGACACAGAACGAUCUUGAGGAGUUUCAGAAGGCUCUGAAAACUUAUGCCAACUCCACUGCCAAUCAAAACGACAACCUACAUGUGUCCAUUCAGAAACUGCCUGAGAAGAGCUGCUACAUCAUAUAUGAGUUUUGGCAGGACCGUAUUUCAUGGAUGAGUUAUUUGCAAUCUGAUGGCAGUAAGAUGUUUCAGCGUUGCAUUAUAGACAUGCUGGAGGAUCCAGAGGUGGUCUCCACAAUGCUGAUGCCAGCGUCGUGGUGGAUCAUGACAAACAACUAACAGCAACAGAAACACUUCAAUGCUCACAACUGAGCCUGAGUCUAAAAAUGACCCCUGCUUGUCUUUGAAUUAAUAACUAGCUGUAAAAAACACACACACACCAUAUUUGUGUUGCAUUUUAUAGAAAACGUUCUUUAUGUGUAAUACUUCACUGAAAAUAACAUGCUAAUCAGGUAAUGCGCUAUUCAGAAUUUAACUGAGAUUGCCUGAAUUUGAACUGACUUUUAACUGAGGUACCCGACAGGAUGUAGAAUUUAAUUGGAAUUUAAAGAAUUAACAUGGAAAUUCAUAUAACUUCUUUAAGUGUAGUUUUAAAUAAUAGGCCUACAUUUCAUUUUUCAGUGUCAAUGACCCAUAAAUGUUUUCAUACCCAAAAUAUGCUUGUAUUUCCAGAAACUUUACUCUAGAUGAUAUUGACCCUCCUAUGGUAUUGAAAAAUGGCACCUCCCUUUGGUAUUUGCGGUCAUUUUUGACCGGAAGGUUUAGAAAUGUAACCUUUUUUUUUUUUUAUAAUAAUAAUGAUACCAUUUCUUCUUCCUUGAUAUAAGAACAAUACAAUUAUGCAUUUCUUUUGGGAUUUUAUGCUAUUAUUAUCUUAUUUACAUGUACAUUUCUAAAUUGUAUCAUUAAUUUGCAUAUACAAAUAAGCUAAUUGUUUUUAUUUUUUUUUUAUUCAGAAUCUACACUUCUAUAAGUUGAAACAUGAAAAAAAUAUGAGAAUGUGACAUAAAUUGGAGGCAGAUUGCUGACAUCUGGUGAACAAAAUAUAAAUAACAUGUCAUGCCACUAACAGCCAGUAGAUUUUGUUGUCUGAUGGCUUGCAGUAACCUAAUUUUAUAGUUUAUCACAAGAUAUGCAUUUAGAUAUAUAUUUAGACAUUAUCAAACUAUUAUUUUUAAAAGUUUAGCUAUUUAAAAUGUAUUGGAAGUGUCAGUUUUUGCAGUUAAUGUCAUUAUGCGUGCAAUCAAACCUGACCAUGGUGUUACAAAGAGAAGGCACAGGAUAAGCAAUUUUCUACCAAUAAUUUAUUUUAAACAUAAAAGCAGAAUAACUCAAAGUAAAUGCAUAAUAAUGUCAAGAAAAUCAACAUCAAGAAACAGAAAUGAACUGCAAAAUUAUGAAAAUUAAAUUAGAGUUUAAAACAGAAGAAUCAGAGUAAAUAUUUUGCAAUUUCAAACUUUGUAGUAAAAAUGUAUUUUGCAAAUGUGUGUGUGUGUGUGUGUUGAGCAUUGUGACUGUUUUUUUUUGUUUUUUUUGACAAAUGUAAAAAAAAGCUCUGUGAUUUAGUCUCACCGGUUCAUUUUUGUGGGUGUGUAAGUGUGUUUGUGUGUGAGUGGGUGUGUAUGUUUUGCACUGAGGAGGUUUUAGAGUCUCACCCUGUUCUGUCUGUUUUUUCUGCAUUGUGGUUGAUUUAUUGAUUAUAUUUGAUGGAUAAAAAAAUUGCUGUUUUUUGGUCUUUCCCAUUCAUUUUCAAUGGUCGGUCAAUUCUGAUUACGAAUACCAAAGGUGUCACGCUUUUUUGAGGACCACUUGAAUCAAGUCUAUUUUUUUUUUUAUUUUUUUAUUUUUUUAUGUUCAGAUGGCAAAUGGAGGAAAAGUCACCAAGUCUUGUACAGCUCAGAUAAAGGAAACCAUUUUUAUUAAAUGAGUCAAAAAUGACUGAAUACCAUAGGAGGGUUAGUUAUUAAUAAUGCUUAAAAUGCCACCUAUAGAAAUUUGUAUUUAGUUUAGAUACAUUUUAUUAUAUUUAAUAAAUUGUUUCCAUUGAUGGGCCAUGGAUGAAGAACACUUUAUUUCUCAGAAGGCUCUGAGAAAUUACUUAUUCAUAGAUUAUAAAAUCAAUGGAUUAAAAUGUUGUCAAUAUUUAUUUUAUAUAAUAAAGUUACCUGAAAACAAUGUGGUAGAGAUCUGUUUAGAUGGCUGGAUUAAUUUUAUGUUUUUUUGGGGUUUUUUUAACUUAAAAUAGGCAUAAUUAGUCAAAAUUAAUGCUGUUUAGUCACCAAAACUUACAACCCCAAUUCCGAAAAAGUUGUUAUUUGUAAAUUAUAUUCAACCUUUGCUAUAUUGAAAGCACUACAACUACACAUUAUAUGAUGAUUUACCUUGUGAAUUUUAUAUACAUAUAUAUAUAUUUUUUUAUGUACAGUCAUUUCAAAUCAGAUGGUUGCAACACACUCCAAAAAAAAUGUAAGACUAAUAACAAUUUGAGGAGUUGAAAUAACAAGGCGAUGUGAAACAGAAGAUGUUAAACAGGUGAGACAAUCGAGUCAUAGUAUACAAGGAGAUUCCAAAAACAGCCUAGUCCUUCAAGAGCAAAGAUCAUUUGAGACUUGUCAAUUUGCCAACAGAUGUUUCAGCAAAUAAUCCAGCACUUUGAGAACAAUGUUCCCCAAAGACAAAUUGGAAGGAUUUUGGGCAUUUCACCCUCUACAGUGCACAUUAUAGUUAAAAGAUUCAAGGAAUCUGGUCAAAUCUCGGUCAUAAAGGGCAAGAUGAAAACCACUUCUGAAUGCACAUGAUCUCUGAUCCCUCAGACAUAACUGUCUUAAAAAACAUCAUUCAUCUGUAAUGGAUUUCAUGAACAUGGGCUUUGGAAUACUUUAGUAAACCUUUGUUAGUCAGCACCACUCGCUGCUGCAUCCACAGAUGCAAGUUAAGACUUUACUAUGUAAAGGAGAAGCCAUACAUCAACACUGUCCAGAAGCGCUGCCGACUUCUCUGGGCUCGGUCUCAUCUUAGAUGGAAAGUAGAACAGUGGAACCGUGUUUUUUGGUCCGAUGAGUUCACAUUUCAAAUAGUUUUUGAAAAACACAGCCGUCAUGUUCUCCGGGCCAAAUAGGAAAAGGACCAUCCAAGCUGUUAUCAGCGUCAGGUCCAAAAGUCAGUGUCUGUAUGGGCCAGGGGUGAAUUUUGGAGCAGCAUAUACUGCCAUCUAGCACCGUCUUUUCCAGGGAUGUCCCGGCAUUUUCAGCAGGAUAACUUCAAAAUACAUACUGACUGAAUAAGCAGAGAGUGCGGGUGCUAGAUUGGCCUGCCUGCAGUCCUGACCAUCUCCAACUGAGAAUGUGUGAUGCAUUAUGAAGCGCACGAUACAGCAACGAAGUCUCCGUACAAUUGUGCAGCUGAAGACUUGCAUAAUGGAUGAAUGGGGGAAAAUUCCACUUUUUAAACUUAAACUUUUGUCUUCAGUGCCUAAAUGCACUAAAAAGUGUUAUUAUAAGAAAUGGUGAUGUUUCACAGUAGUAAACACUGGACUGUCACAACUUUUUUUGGAGUGUGUUGCAAUCAUCUGAUUUGAAAUUACUGUACAUUUUUAAAAAACAAUGAAAUUCACAAGGUAAAACAUCAUAUAAUGUUUAGUUGUAGUGCUUUCAAUAUAGCAAAGGGUGAAUAUAACUUACAAAUCACUCCUUUUUGUUUUUAUUAGCAUUUUCGGAGUUGGGGUUGUAUGUUGGACCAACAAAAUUCCUCUGUUUGACUGUUGAAUUUCUCUUCCUGUCGUUCAACAUCCUGUGGGAUGUCGCCAAUUCAAUUCAAAUUCAAAUGCACUCAUGAAUUGAAACUCAGAUUCUGAAUUUUGCUCAACCCUGAUGCUCACAGGCAUGGUGUUAAUAUUUCUAGCAUGUAAAGAGAAUCAAAGCAUAUUUUGCUCCAUGCAGACAGUGAAAAAGCUUUUGAAACCAGCAGCUUUGAUGCAGAUACAGACUCUCUAGGGGCAACAUUUUCACAGUAAAAAAAAAAACAAAACAAGAAUUUGUGUAUUCUUGUAAAUAAUUAAGAUAACACUAACAAUAUGAACUGCAACAACUUUAAAGUCAACUUUUACUUCUUUGAAAACCAGAAAAUAUGAACUGCUGUUUAAAAGUGCAUGCAAAUACGAGAUGUUUUGACAAUGUCAGACAAAAGUGAUUUCAGACAUCAGAAGUCUGAAACGUCUGUGAAUAGAAUAGACUUUUAAUAGAGAUGUACAGUACCUGUUUACAGGUGUUUACUUUGACUUCAUAGACAUUAUAAGAUGCUGAUUUGCUGUCAUGUUGUCAAAAACGUUGAAACCUGCAAGAAAAAAUAAAAGAAACGUUACAUUUUUGUUUUGUUUUUUACUUUUUUGUGGUUUAGUCCAUUGAAUGCAAAUAAAACCGAAAUAAAGAAAGAUUA